AUGUCCAGAUUCUCUAGAUACUUUUCUACUCCAAUUAAAAUGAAUAUUUCACAUUUGAUAUUGUUUACCUCAUUAUUACUAACUGCAAAUGCUCAAUGGUUUAUCAAAAAAAGUGAUCGAGCAAAACAAAUGAGUUACCCCAAUCCAGGAAAACGAAACGUGCCCGAUCAAGAGUCCACUUAUCCAACAAUUGACUGUUCAAUACCCUACUUGCAAUUACAGACAUACGAACAAAGAGCAACAUGGCUGUUGCUAUGUACUCAAAAAGCGUCAUUGCCAUCCGAUUUUUUGGAAGAUUUGAUGGAUUUCGAUUUGAAGCCAACUCCGUCGGAAAAAGUUCAUUUACCUAGGAAACGAUCAACUUAUGUGGUACCACCUUACUUCAAAGAUGAUGAUUUUACUUCGAACAGAAUGAUGAGAAAAGUAUUGCGGCGUUUCGGAAAUGACAAAUAG